AGCAAAGCAAAAAGACUGUGAACUACCAAGAACCUGAAAAAUGUUUUCCAGGCCAGUUUGUAUUGAUGAUUUUGAAAAAUAUGCACAAUCAGUUCUUCAAAAGUCCAUUUAUGAUUAUUAUCGAUCUGGUGCUAAUGAUCAAGAAACUUUAGCUGAUAAUAUUGCUGCAUUUUCAAGAUUGAAACUUUAUCCCCGGAUGCUUCGCAAUGUUGUUAAAGUAGACCUGACCACCUCUGUUUUGGGACAAAGGAUUAGCAUGCCCAUAUGUGUUGCAUCCACAGCUAUGCAACGCAUGGCUCAUGUGGAUGGGGAGAUUGCUACUGUGAGAGCAUGCCAUUCUGUGGGAACAGGAAUGAUGCUAAGCACCUGGGCUACCUCUUCCAUUGAAGAAGUUGCCCAAGCUGCCCCUGAUGGCACUCGUUGGAUGCAGCUGUAUAUCUAUAAAGACCGGGAGGUCACUGAGCAGCUUGUGAAGAGGGCUGAGAGGAAUGGCUACAAGGGAAUAUUUCUGACUGUAGACACUCCUUAUCUGGGCAAUCGCUUUGAUGAUGUACGCAACAGAUUCCAGUUACCACCACAUCUCAGGAUGAAGAAUUUUCAAACCAAUGAUUUGGCCUUUUCUUCUGAGGAAGGUUAUGGAGAUAACAGUGGCCUUGCAGAGUACACAGCCAAUGCAAUUGAUGCAUCAAUUAAUUGGAAGGAUAUUACCUGGCUGAAGAAAUUGACAACCCUCCCAAUUGUUGCCAAAGGCAUCCUCCGAGCUGAUGAUGCCAGGGAAGCUGUGAAAUAUGGUGUCAAUGGAAUAUUGGUGUCCAAUCAUGGUGCUCGCCAAUUAGAUGGAGUGCCUGCCACUAUUGAUGUCCUGCCUGAAAUCAUAGAGGCUGUGGAGGGAAAGGUGGAGGUGUUCUUGGAUGGGGGUGUACGUAAAGGAACGGAUGUGCUGAAAGCCCUUGCACUUGGGGCCAAGGCUGUGUUUGUAGGAAGACCUAUCAUCUGGGGACUGGCUUAUCAGGGGGAGAAAGGAGUGAAGGAGGUUCUGGAAAUGUUGAAAGAAGAAUUCCGGUUGGCCAUGGCUCUUACUGGGUGCCGGAAUGUAAAAGACAUUGACAAGACAUUGGUGAGGACAAAUCCAUUGGUUGUUUCCAAGAUCUGACAGUGCACACUAUUUUCUCAUCUGUAUUCUUUCUUUCAGCAUGUGUUUCUUGACAAAGAGACACUGUGCAGAGAGUGACCAUACUCUGUAAUUUUGAGUCACCAUACAAAGAACGUUGUUCUUCCCCAACAAAAUAGAAACCCCUUUUAGUUCUUUGCUAUUGACUUUUCAAUGAGUGUCCCUGGAUCAUUUAAAAAAUGCACUUGCAUCCUAGGAAUAUAUUAACUGUAAAAAAAAGAAAACAUUGAAAAUGAAUUUAAACAACUUACAUCUCUAAAAAAGUAAAAGACAUGCUCUGGCAAAACUUGGGGUACCCACUACAGACAAAUAAAUGACUGAACAGAAGUGUUCACUUAAGCAAAGUGGUGGAGAUAACAUAAAAAUUGUGUCUCUUAAGACUGAGGUCAUGAUCUUAAAGAUAGAUUAGACUCAGAGCUGUGAAACUGAUUUGUUGAAUAAAAAGCAUGCUUUGUAUUA